AUGAUAGAGAAUUAUCUUGAAAAGCUGUUCAAAUGCAGCCUGCUGACCGAGCUAGAAAUAAAACACCUGUGUGAAAUGGCAGCAGAGGUUUUCAUGAAAGAGGAGAAUGUGGUGAGUGUGAAAGCACCUGUUACUGUUUGUGGAGAUGUGCAUGGACAGUUCUACGAUCUGAUGGAGCUGUUUAAGGUAGGAGGGCUUCCACCAUACACGAACUUUCUGUUUAUGGGGGAUUAUGUGGACCGGGGAUACCAUUCUGUAGAGACCAUUUCAAUCCUAUUGUGCCUGAAGGUGAAGUAUCCUGACAGGAUGUGGCUACUGAGGGGAAACCAUGAGAGCAGGCAGAUAACGCAGGUGUAUGGAUUUUACGACGAGUGUGUUAGGAAGUAUGGAACAUCGUUGGUAUGGAGAACCUUGACGGAUCUUUUUGACUACUUGCCUGUGGCUGCAGUUGUUGGCAACGACACGUUCUGCUGCCAUGGGGGGUUGAGUCCGUCAUUCGAGACGCUGGAUCAAUUGAAAAGCAUUGACAGGAAGGUUGAGGUGCCUCACGAGGGGCCUAUGUGUGACCUUCUCUGGUCUGAUCCUGAUGAAAGGCCCGGAUGGGGCCCAUCACCAAGAGGGGCAGGAUACACGUUUGGAAGAGACAUAACAGAAUCGUUCAAUGAGAGAAACGGACUGAAGAUGAUAUGUAGAGCGCAUCAGCUAGUGAUGAAUGGGUACAACUGGAGCCACGAGAAAGGAUGUGUUACCAUAUUCAGUGCACCGAAUUACUGCUACAGGUGCGGCAACCUUGCUACCCUGAUGGAGAUGGAUGAGUACGGAUCGUACAGCUUUACCCAAUUCGAGCCAUCUCCAACAAAAGUGGAAAUGCUUGUGUCCACAAAGAUUCCUGACUAUUUCCUGUGA